AUGUGGCAACUAGAAGACGUCUCUAAUAAACGUCAGAAGUGGUCAGAGGAACACAUCAUGUGUGAACAACAUUUCAUUGAUAAUGUAUCUGUAAACUGUGAUGGAAGAAUUAUGGUAAAACUACCAUUUAAAAAUAGUACAGAUUUAUUAGGUAACUCUAAAGAUAUUGCGUUACGUCGAUUUUAUGCUUUGGAAAAAAAGCUUGAAAAGAAUAUUCAGCUCAAAGAAGAAUAUUCAAAAUUCAUGAAAGAAUACGAAGAAUUGGGACAUAUUGUAUUGAUUCAUAGUCCAAAUUUAUCAAUACCUCAUUAUUAUAUUCCGCAUCACUGCGUGCUGAAGUCAAGUAGUGAAUCAACUAAGUUACGCGUGGUGUUCGAUGCUUCUUUCAAAACGGCAUCACAGGUCUCACUAAAUGACAUCCUUGCAGUGGGUCCUAAUAUACAAAAUGAAUUACUCAUUAAUCUGCUACGUUUUCGUUGCCAUAAAUAUGGACUUAUGGCGGACAUAACGAAAAUGUAUCGUCAGAUUAUGGUACAUCAUCAGGAUAGGAAUUAUCAGUUAAUUUUUUGGCGCAAUGACAAGUCGUUACCCGUAUCAACAUACAUGUUAAAUACAGUGACUUACGGAACUGCUGCUGCUCCAUUUCUAGCUAUACGUAGUUUAUCCUAUGCAGUCGAUACAUAUCCUGGUAACCAUGAGCUUGGAAAAUCAAUAAUAAAAGACGAUUUUUAUGUUGAUGAUAUGUUAACAGGGGCUGAUGAUUUACUUCGCCUUCAACAAAUUAAAAAUGAAGUUACUGACAUACUUCAAUACUUUCAAAUGCCGUUAUCCAAAUGGCAUAGUAAUCACCCUGAUUUAAACUGUUCUGCAGCGUGCUCCAUCACUACCAAUAGUGAUCUAACUAGUGCACUUGGUGUAAUUUGGUGUCCAAUUGAUGAUUAUUUUACGUUCAAUUUUAAAUUGAAUGAUUCUUCAAAUACCAUUUCCAAGCGAUCAAUCUUAUCUACAGUCGCAGCAUUAUUUGAUCCAAUGGGGUUGAUUAGUCCGAUUAUUAUAAAGGCUAAGAUACUUCUUCAGAAACUGUGGAUCUUGAAGUAUGAUUGA